AUGCCGAAUAUCGACGAUGAUGACAAUGGCGACGUAACCGUGUUUCGGCUCUGGUUAAGCAAGGCUUACUUCCAAGGUUCUCUCUGGCCACCUAAGCGACUUAUUAACCGCAAGGCGUCCAGGCGACUACCCGAGUUUCCCGCAUACGCCAAUGCGAGUGUGCGAAUCUAG